AUGAAGGCUUACCUCGCGCUCUCUAUCCUGGCCUGCGCCAUCUCAACUUCAGCCAAGAACAUCCACCGCAGGGCUGACGGUGGUGUCCUUCCAGCUGCUGGUAUUCCCGUCAAGGCUGGGUAUAACGCCUACGGAGGAAAUUAUGAUCAUCCUGAGACGAACAAGUAUCAGCCUGUCGGGCAGAAGCAGGCUUCUACUGGUAGCUCAGGUACUACCAAUACCGGAGGCAAGAAGGCGACGGCUCAGAGCAAAAAGUGCAUUUCGAAGAGCAAGCUUGAGUCUAUAGUCAACAAAUACGUCUCGACUUUCUCUGGUAUCACCGAUGGUGGAGCGCUGGCCAGGACUAUUUUUGAUGAGGACGUCAAGUUUUACUCUCAGUCUAUCUGGUGGACUUCAUCAUCCUCCAAGAUCAACAAGUACGCCAAGAACGAUGACUUUCCUCCCAUCUACAAGAAUCGCAAGGAGCUCAUCGAAGGCAACACUGAAAAGACCAAUGACCCCAGCGCCUUCAUCAAAGGACCCAUCGCUUACGGCUGCAACUCUUUCACCUUCUACUGGAAGGGCGACUUCGAGGUCCCCAAGGGAACUCGUCGGGGUCGCGGCAACGGCAUCGACAUGGUGUUCUUGAACCCUGAGACUGGGAAGGUUAAGAAGGCGUACUCUGAGUACAACACUCUUAACCAGGUGUACAACUGGGGCGCUCAUAUUACUUGGUCUAAUGACGAUGUCUGCUGUGAUUGCCCUGUGGUGUUUGACCCUAACUGCAAGUGCAAGAAAUAA